AUGUAUUCGCCCGAUACUCAAGAAAUCAUUUCUGAAAUCAUCAGCGUCGGAUGCAUCACCGCCGUAUCGCUCUUGUUUGGCCGCAAAGCUGCAAGCAUCGAACGUCCGGUCUACUACAUCCGCGGUAUCCUGCUUGCCCUCUACGUUGCUACCUGGGCAUUCAACAUCAUUGCCUGCAUGGCCACCAGCACCAAUAACGGCAACUACAUCUCCUGCGCCCUCAGCUUGUACAACUGCGUUAUCGUCUACAACAUUGCAAAGAUCCUCUUGUACCUCUACUUCAUUGAAAAGAUAUACAUUACGUCCGUGCCCAAAGCUUCACGUUUCCGCACACCGUUGUACUUGAUCAACCUGGCCUUACUGUUGCCCUACACUGCCUUGAUCGUUCUGAUGAUUGUGUUUCGGAUUGCGCUUGUUGACGAGACCUCUCCGUUCCACUGCACCAUCGGUUAUCAGCUCCCUGCCUCCGCCGCCACAUUGACCUACGACGCGUUCAUCUCGUUGCUCUACACCGGCAUCUUUGUCAAGUAUGCCAUCUUCCCGAACACCGCCCAACAGACCGCCCAUCAGGCGUCCUCGCUGCGUAUCAUGGCUCGGCGCAGCAUCAUUGCCACCGUCGUGUCGAUGGUCACUGCAACGGUAAACUACUGUGUCCUCAUUGGCUUUGAUGGCCAAGAGCGUGGUCUGAUUGCAUCGACCAUCUGUGCACUCGAUAUCACCAUCGUCGUGUGCGUCGUUCACUGGGUUGCCACGCAUCCUUCGGAAAUGCAGUGCACUGUCAAGGCCCUUCAAAAGGGAUCUGGAGACAAACCGAUGAAGCUGGAAAUCAAGCAGCAUCAAGAAGUCGUCGUUCUAUCUGAACUUGCGCCGUAA